AUUCGAAUAAUCAAAACAAAAUAGGAAAAUAAAGAAAUUUGAAAAUCAAUUGGUUUUACACUUAAGUGCAGAAGUCAACACGAAAAUUCAAAUUAUUUUGUUACCUGUCGUUUGAAAUCGAUAACUUUGAUAUAAUAUAUUUUAAAUAUGUGUUUCUUUGGGAUAGUAACGCGAAUCUUGAUCAUUGUCUUUGGUAUACUUCUGCCCGCCCGCUACACCCACAAGGCACUUGGCACGAACGAGUUGAUCGAAUGGGCCAAAUAUUGGAUUGUCUAUGCGUGGCUCGUGAUCAUCGAGCUGUUUGGCGAUGCAUUCUUCAACUGGCUGCCCUUGUAUAUGGAGACAAAGCUGCUGCUUGUGCUCUGGCUAGUUAUCUCGGCACCCCAGGCCAGCGUCUGGGUCUUCGAUGCGAUUCUGAACCCGUUGAUGAAACGCUACAUGCCACGAAUCGAUUAUUUUCUUAUGCACGGCAAGCGAAAUAUGCUGGGCGAUGCCAUAAACUACAUUACGAAGUUAUGCGUUCACUUCUUGGACACAGUAUUGCCUUUCGUUACUCAUCUAUGUAGAAGACAAUCUAUGAUGCCAGCCCAGAAUGACAUGAACGUCGCAGACUUAGCUGCCGCGGCGAGCAAUCCAUCGUUUCAUGAAAGGGAUACGAAUGAAGAUACAUUCAAUGGCCCAAUGUGCAACACACACUCAAACACAACGAUAGCGGAGCAAAAGAAAUUUUCAAAUCUGUCGCUACCAGACCUGAAUGCCAAGCUGCCCAAUAAGCCAAAUAGAGCUCCACGCAUUCCACAGAACCGGCCACCAUUCGUGCAGGACAUCUCCAAUGACGAGUCGUGUCAGUAUGAAGAUCCUCUUGCAGGCAUGGAGGACUUGAUGAAAUGCAAUGAAAUGCAAACUCACGCGAUGCCCAUGCGAAAGGACAUCCGACGUCGCAUUUAAUAGAGCUUCUCAGCUUUCGAGCACAAUCGAGCGGCACUUGUAUUUCAAUAAAUUCUUUGUUAAACAAGCCCACACAUUAUUACUCGACGUGCGAAUUGGCACGCAAUGCUGCGUCAAUAAACAUUUUUUGAGUCUUA